CGGAUGUUUUUAGCGAGGUACACAGGAAACAGCCGUUGAAAUCUCUGGAACAAGACGAUACCCAGGGAAAAAAAUCGGAAAAACAGCGAACGAAUGAUUGUUUUUCCAGCAAGUUGUAGGCUAUAUAAUUUAUUCAGCUAACAAAAAAAUAUUAAUAAUUCUAGCUAAGGACCCCCCCCCCCAAAGACAAAUAAACAAAUAUGCUGAUUAAAGUUAAGACGCUUACUGGCAAGGAGAUAGAGAUCGACAUAGAGCCAACAGAUAAGGUGGAGCGAAUAAAGGAAAGAGUGGAAGAGAAAGAGGGGAUCCCUCCCCAACAACAGAGAUUAAUCUACAGUGGUAAACAGAUGAAUGAUGAAAAAACAGCAGCAGACUAUAAGAUCCAGGGAGGCUCUGUUCUUCACCUGGUGCUCGCCCUGAGAGGAGGAUGCGUGUUUCAUGAACCCGGUGCUUUCACAUCUUGGCACUGAAGACACUCAGCCACUAGCUUUUGAAAGACCUAUUGACAUCAAGAGGGGAGAAAUUCGAAUGUCAGCCUCUACUUUGUUAGCCACAUGUGUAUAAAAUUGGUAAAACGUUCCCAUGCUGGAACUUUGGUUUGGCAACAUCUUAGAUUUCAAGUUAAAAGCUACGCACAAUAACCAAAGGUUUGGCUUCAGAUUGAAUUGCUGCUAAAAAAACAACACAGUUUACGGUUUUUCAGUUUCUCAUGGCUUUGACGCAUUUUGGAUAAAACACUGUAAUUUCUCUUUAAUUCUUUUUCUCAAGCAGUGUUUUUUUUCUAGAAAAGCACUAAUGGAGCUCUGUUGUUUCAGCAAUGGCAGUAGAAUCCACAUUCUGGACCUUGCUGUGGCUUCAGUGUCCUUAUCAAUAUGUCUCCUGUUGUUUCUCAACUUGGCCAUUCAAUAAAAAGAGCAAAAACCUCUUACGUAGCUGCUAGGAAAUAAGACAAACUAGUUAACUCAUUAUUUGUUUUGUUUCUAUUAUCCAGCCAAUGAAACAGUGGAAUUCUGCUCAUCCAACCUGUCUUAAGCUGAAAAUCACAUGCUUGGAGAUUAUUUUUGUUUAUAGCUUUUGAUUGAUUUUGAAAGCUGCAAUCAACAAGCAGUCACUUGUUCUCACCAGAGGUAGAUAUAAUUCCUAAAAAAACACAAUGUUCUUGUUGGAGAUUGAAGGAUGUAAAGUGUUUUGUGGGUGUGCUUUUUUUCCAAAUCAAGAACCUCUUGUUCCUAUUUCCACCUGCGUUGGAAUCAGACUUGACUCUGAAUUACUCGUCUCAGUUUGUUUUCACCUCACUUCACUGCUGUAAAGUUUUCUUAGCUUCUGUUUACAUAAACCUUUGUGUUUUUUUAUGUACUCAAAAAAAGUCCAGUUUUCUUAGUCAUUGCUGUUGAUGAAAAUUCCCUGCAGCUGGCUCACACUGUUUCUGUUGUUUCAGUUGAAUAAAGUUAUUCAUGGAAAAAAA